AUGGUCCCUUGUUUCGAGAAGCAUAUCCGAGUUACAAGCAUUGAAUGCUUGGGGUCCAAGUUGCCUGUCAAUGCUCCUGACGUGUUCUGGGCUCUUGUCAACUCAUCUCAACGCGAUCCAUCUGGAAUAGCUGCAGUGGAAUACACAAUUGUCCUCCUUAAUCGUAUCUUGAAGCCCGAGUUGCAAACUGAGGAGGUUCUUAAAGCUUCCUCUGUUUUGGCUAAGCGAAUGGCUGAACUGAAACCCGUUUCUACCCUACGAGAACAAUUCCCUUCAAAUCUCUUUCUAUUCCGGGGAGCUGCUAUUGGGGUUAGACGACUGUGUGAUUCUCUCGAUGUGGCUGAAUUUUCCUCUCGGAUUCUAGACCCCACACGUAUGGAUCGUCUGAUUGCCCAACCAGCGAAAGCUGCCAUGUUUGAUAAAUUUUUGAAAGUCUAUCCUGAUUUUGAUGGUAUGAUUGUGAAACCACUUCAAGAUAUUGCUAAACUGGAUCCAGUUUCAAUAACCAAUCUCCUGGGAAUAGCUCUCUCUUUGGAUCUGCCUAACACCUUAGGAAAUUUCAGUACUUUUGAAACAAGACUUCGGAUUAUCCAACCCGAUUUCGUUGUCACUGAAGUGAUAAAUCCAUUGAUGAGAUUUGGAGUGACGAACCCCCAACGUAUAAUUCGACGGUGUCCAAGUCUCUUUGCAGCUGCUGCGACGAGGGAUGGGGAGCAGAGUCGACUGCUUGUGGCGCUGUCCACAUUGAAUGGCCUCCUCACUAGAAAGGAACUCGCCUCGGUGCACGCAAUCUUGAUCGUAGCUGUUUUGACGAGAGGUCAAGAGGAUUUGGAGAAGACAUACAACUACUUAACUGAAGUAAUGGGUUUGGAGGGUUCAAGGUCGAUAAUGGGCAGUGGUUCAAGGAGCUCACGCGGCGCUCACGAGAAUCGACACUCUACAAAACUGCGUCUCAUCGCAUCUCCUGCUUGGCGACUAUCCCUAAGACGCACUGUUGCCAGACACUCCCUUCUCCUCUUUGCUGGCCAGUGGCCACCCUCCAUCCCACAGUCGGUCAACAAGUCACGAGAUCAAAUAGUUGGACAAUUACUGAAAUGCCCCCCUGGUGAAUUCUCCUAUUGGCUUGAAUUCCAUGACAGUGUGUCACCAAGCUCAGAAAGUACUCGAGCUCCCGUGUUCAGUGCUGAGGAUGUUAGACAGUUUGAAAAGAUCUGUGAAAAUCUGGUUUCAGAUGAUGAUAUCGGGGAUUUUGAAAAUGAAGUUGGCGGUGACAGUGAUCUCGACGACGAAGAAUACCCUGAAGACCAAUCAGAUAAUGAAGACCACUUAUAG